AUGUCUGCAGGUGCACGCCGCGCGUCAACAUUGUAUGCUCUGGUUUCUGCCCUUACUGGGCAUGUCGACAAUAUCACCUGCCUUGCAUUUGCUCCUCAAGGUGAUCUUCUGGCCAGCGGUGGAGAUGAUGGUAACAUUAUCUUAUGGGAUGUGUCUCUGGGAAAGAUAUUGCAUCGGAUCACCACCAGUCGUCCAAUUACCAGCCUUGCUUGGGAUCCAUCAGAAUGGAGAAGAAGACUCUUUGUGGGUGGCGCUGAUGGUUUAUUGGCUAUCAUGGAGAACUUCAAGGAACAAGAACCCGUUGACUCCAUUUUGACUGGUGUAAAAGCUCCUGUUUACGCCAUUACUAUUGAUCCAUACACUGGCCACGUGGCCAUUGCCCUUGGGUCUGAGGUACACGUUGCUAAAGAAUUAGAGAACUGUAGGGUAAUGGUCGCUGGCAGAAAGUACGCUACAUUUAAGAUCCUGCCAAUGCCUCUGGAACUACCUUCCUCUCAGAAGCCCAGUAAAACUUUGGAUAAUCGUAACUGUGGGAGGGAGUUGGUGGCCACCUACCUAAAUCACGGUGUUGUAUGCUGGCAUGUCGAGAAUGAUAGUAGUGUCCAGAGGUGGCAUAUCAGUCCGAUUCACGGUCAUCAAUUGAUCGGUCAUGCGGCGCUCUCUCCUGACGAGUCUUCGGUGUUGCUGUCUAACCUCAGUGAUGGCCUGGAUUUAUAUACAGUGGGACAGAACCACCCCCAACAGAGCUAUAAGUUUUCACACUCUGGAAAAGCCAAUGUGCCUGUGCAGGUCGCUUUCAUAGAACAUGGUCAGGCUGUGCUAAGUGGCUCCCCGGAUGGAAAUGUGCAUGUUUGGGAUUUAGCAUCAGCGGAAAGUCGCCAGGUCCUUGAGCAUGAUUAUUGUGUAGUGCAAGCUGUGGCAGCCUUUGACUGCUUUGAUUACUCUAUCAUUGCGACAGCUACUGCUUACGUGCCUGAUUCAAGCUCUAUCAACAUUAAGUUGUGGAGGUCAAAACGAUCAAUCUACUGGAUGCAUUAUGGCCACUAUGUCGCCUUCAAUCUGAAGGUGCAGUCACUGCUCCUAUGCUUCUAUCUUCCACCUCGUGCUUACUACAUUGCAUUGACAUGUAGCACCUGGCUAUUCGACACUUCUAACCGAUCGAUCAUUGAUGCGGGAAGCUCAGGCAUUAUUCUGGGUCUAUCAGUCGCCGACACCAUCUACCACAGCGUCUUGGCAUGGUGGGUUGACUUACCAUCUGCCCGUGAAUUAAUACUUCGGCUUGUGGAGACUUUGUAUACCUGGUUGAAGAACGUAGAUGAAUUACGAUCUCCAGACGUCUUAGAAGCCUAUGGGACUAGGACGCUUUCAUCCACCAUCACUACAGUACUAUCAUCCCCCCAGGAAAUGUUGCCUGCCUAUGAAGUACCUAAUUUUGUCGCCAAUGUGCCCGGGUUGUAG